GAGAGGAUUAAAUCCACCUCACAGGGUGAAAUCUAUCUCCAUGACAACAUUUACACAACAGGAAAUUGAAUUCCUGCAAAAACAUGGAAAUGAAGUCUGUAAACAGAUAUGGCUAGGAUUAUUUGAUGAUAGAUCUUCAGCAAUUCCAGACUUCAGGGAUCCACAAAAAGUGAAAGAGUUCCUACAAGAGAAAUACGAAAAGAAGAGAUGGUAUGUUCCACCAGAGCAAGCCAAAGUGGUGGCAUCAGUUCACGCAUCUAUUUCAGGGUCUUCUGCCAGCAGCACGAGCAGCACCCCCGAGGUCAAGCCCCUGAAAUCUCUGCUGGGAGAUUCUGCACCAGCACUGCACUUAAAUAAGGGCACACCUAGUCAGUCCCCAGUUGUAGGUCGCUCUCAAGGGCAGCAGCAGGAGAAGAAGCAGUUUGACCUUUUGAGUGAUCUUGGCUCAGACAUCUUUGCUGCUCCAGCUCCUCAGUCAACAGCUACAGCCAAUUUUGCUAACUUUGCACAUUUUAACAGUCAUGCAGCUCAGAAUUCUGCAAAUGCAGAUUUUGCAAACUUUGAUGCAUUUGGACAGUCUAGUGGUUCGAGUAAUUUUGGAGGUUUCCCCACAGCAAGUCACUCUCCUUUUCAGCCCCAAACUACAGGUGGAAGUGCUGGAUCAGUAAAUGCUAAUUUUGCUCAUUUUGAUAACUUCCCCAAAUCCUCCAGUGCUGAUUUUGGAACCUUCAGUACAUCCCAGAGUCACCAGACAACAUCAACUGUUAGUAAAGUUUCAACAAACAAAGCUGGUUUACAGACAGCAGACAAAUAUGCGGCACUUGCUAAUUUAGACAAUAUCUUCAGUGCUGGGCAAGGAGGUGAUCAAGGGAGUGGUUUUGGGACCACAGGUAAAGCUCCUGUUGGUUCUGUGGUUUCAGUUCCCAGUCACUCAAGUGCAUCUUCAGACAAGUAUGCAGCACUGGCAGAGUUAGACAGUGUGUUCAGUUCUGCAGCCACGUCCAGUAAUGCAUACACGUCCACGAGUAACGCUAGCAGCAGUGUUUUUGGAACAGUGCCUGUGGGUGCUUCGGCUCAGACACAACCUGCUUCAAGUGGGCCUGCUCCAUUUGGGGCUCCGCCUUCUACGAAUCCAUUUGUUGCUGCUACUGGUCCUUCUGCGGCAUCAUCUACAAACCCAUUUCAGACCAAUGCCAGAGGAGCAACAGCGGCAACCUUUGGCACUGCAUCCAUGAGUAUGCCAGCAGGGUUUGGCACUCCUGCCCCAUACAGUCUCCCCACCAGCUUCAGUGGCAGUUUCCAGCAGCCCGCCUUCCCAACCCAAGCAGCUUUCCCUCAGCAGACAGCUUUCUCUCAGCAGCCCAAUGGUGCAGGUUUUGCAACAUUUGGACAAACAAAACCAGUGGUAACCCCUUUUGGUCAAGUUGCAGCUGCUGGAGUGUCUAGUAAUCCUUUUAUGACUGGCGCACCGACAGGACAGUUUCCUACAGGAAGUUCAUCAACCAACCCUUUCUUAUAGCCUUACACAGACACUCGCUGUACUGGAACGAACUGUUAUGUGAUCAUUACAUCUCUCCGCCUCUUGCACUGUUGUCUUGUUUCACUGAUCUUAGCUUUAAACACGAGAGAAGUCUUUAAAAAGCCUGCAUUGUGUAUUAAACACCAGGUAAUACGUGCAAAACAGAGGGCUCAGCAACAACUUUUCACUUGUGAAUUGGCAGAAAAAGGUAGCGGCAUCAUGUAUGUUAAAAAUUGGCUAAUAUUAAGUUAUUGCAGAUCCCACAUUCAUUAUGCUGCAGUACUGUACAUAUUUUUCUUAGAAAUUAGCUAUUUGUGCAUAUCAGUAUUUGUAACUUUAACACAUUGUUAUGUGAGAAAUGUUACUGGGGAAAUAGAUCAGCCACUUUUAAGGUGCUGUCAUAUAUCUUGGAAUGAAUGACAAAAAUCACUUGAAGCAUUGCUUCUUGAAAGUUGAAAGUCAAAAUCGGAAGGUUUAUUCAUUCUUGAAUUUUUCCUUCUAAAGAGCUCUUCUUAUACAUGGCUAAAUUCUUUAAAGAUGUGGAGGACACCUGUCUGCGGAAUAAAGCUGAUCAUGUUUUGCUACAGUUUGCAGGUGAACAAAUAAAUAUUAGAAAAUAUGCUAUUGUUUUUGUGUUCUUGCUGCAAUGCCUUUACCAAAGUGGCCUUAAAUAAUGAGUAGUGAGUUGAAAACAUCUUGAAUUCUUAAAAGACUUCUAGUGACUAACUUUUUUUAAAAGGCCAUGUAGAAAAUUUAUUAAAACUACUAGGACUGCUAUAUUCAGGACUGUGACAGUGGAAAAGCAUUUAAAUGUAGCUUGUCAGAUACACCAUGCUACUUCUAAUUUCUCUGCAACGUCAUAAUUUUGUGAAAUUUGUAAAUAUGGAGAAUUUGCAUGUAUGUGUAUUUACAAAUAUUUUUUAAAGAUCUUGAAUUCUCAGACUGCAAAAGGCCUAUUUUAACUAUUUUUUUUUCUGUUCUCCAUUUUAAUUGUCUUUGAAUGUAUUGGAAACAGACAUGCAUUAACUGUGACAUGAUUGCACCUGAGUUUUUUCUCUUCCCCUCAUUUUCUGGACAGACUGAUAACUCUCUAUGGAACAUUUGUGUGUUUGUUUGUUUUGGGGUAAAGAAACAAGAACCCAAUGUUACCUUAAGGUGAUGAAAUACUUUGUGUAAAAAGGUAGCAAUACUAAGUUUAGUUUAUCUUUUUGUUAAUAUUCAAAUGAACUUGUUUAAUUAUUUAUAUGUAGUAAUGCCUCGUUCAUCCCAAGAUAAUCUGGCACUCUCAUCAAAACGAAACACAACUAAAAGAACUGAAAUGAUUUAAAAAAAAAAAACAAACAAAAAACUUUGAACAACACCCGAUAAGUCAUGAUUUUGUAUGUAGAGCAUAAACAUUUCUUUGAAUGUGAGAGUUUAAUAAUUAGAUAAUUUGAUUUACUGGUCCAUAGCAUAUUUGUGUUGAUGAAAGGAAGGAGUUCAAAAUGACAACAGAGAGCAUGCACUGCCAAAGGCUGUAGGGACAGCCAGCCCAGUCUAGAUGACAGUGAUAUUAGUACAUCUGGUAAUGACUCCGUACCAUGCAAAAAGCUAAAAUUGCAUACACAGUAUGCAAUGCCUAUAUGAAAGUAAUUUUAAAAAUUUAAAGCUUUGGUUUUAGGUGAUGUAAGCAUCAGUUUGCUCAAACAUUUUUAUUCAUAUUGGAUGCAUUUGCAGUGAUGGCUAUUACCAUCAUGCUUUAAAGUCUGGGUGUUUACUGGGGCUGCAGUCUGCUGCCCUCCUUAGCAGAAGCUGUGGUUUAUAUGUACUUGACAAGUGACAUGCCCAAGACUCAGCCCUUGCUGAGCAGCCUGCCACAGAGAAUCCAGUUAUUGCUGCUCAGGCUCAGCUACACUUUGGGCAUAGUCUUGAAUUCUUUGUACAUUUUGGGGGCUUCAUCUAUUUUCAUGGAAGGAGAACUUAAAUGUCUUUAAACAUCUGUUUGAGAUUGUAUUAGAUUCAAAUCAAUUCAUAUGUACAAAAGUUAUACUAUAAUUAUAGGCCAUUACCCAAAUAACCCACCAGGCUUUCCAUCUAUUAAGUAAAUUAAAUUAAACAGUUGUUAUCAAAA